AUGUUUGAGGCGCGUCUAGUUCAAGGAAGCGUGUUAAAGAAGCUUCUUGAUGCGAUCAAAGACCUCGUCACUGAUGCUAACUUCGACUGCUCCUCCACUGGCUUCUCACUCCAAGCCAUGGAUUCUAGCCACGUUGCACUCGUUGCGCUUCUCUUGCGAGCAGAUGGGUUUGAACACUACCGAUGCGACAGGAAUCUCACAUUGGGGAUGAAUCUGGUGAACAUGGCCAAGAUGCUGAAAUGUGCAGGCAAUGAUGACAUCAUCACAGUGAAGGCUGAAGACGACGGCGACACAGUCACCUUCAUGUUCGAAAGCCCAAAGCAAGACAAGAUAUCUGAUUUCGAGAUGAAGCUUAUGGACAUUGACAGCGAGCAUCUCGGCAUUCCCGACGAGGAGUACGAUGCCAAUAUCAAGAUGCCAGCAGGGGAGUUCCUCCGCAUUUGCAAAGACCUCAGCUCCAUUGGCGACACAGUCAUUAUAAGUGUGACUAAAGAGGGCAUAAAGUUCGCUACAUCAGGCGACAUUGGUAACGCCAAUAUAGUCUGCAGACAAAAUUUGAAUGUGGAUGAGCCUGAUGAUGAAACGGUCAUUGAUAUGAAGGAGCCCGUUUCACUUACAUUUGCACUGCGGUACCUGAAUUCCUUCACCAAGGCGACUCCACUGUCUGGUGUUCUCCAAAGAUUGAGGAUGAAGAUGAGGCCAAUUCAUGAGGAAACAAGAUCUCCGGAAUUAUCCAUUUUCGGAAUGCGGACUAAUAUGAAAUUUGUCAAAGGCGACAUUCAAAGCUGCAUCGAAUCAGAAUCCAAAAUAUGCCAGAUCAACAAUGCGGCUCUAGGCUCUCUUAAACUUCUGGGAGACAAAAAAUACAAGGCCAUUAUGACAGUCCGAGAUCCCAGGGAUGUUGUGGUGAGUGGAUAUUUCUAUCACAAGACAACACAAGAACCAUGGGUGCAUGAGCCACGCAGCGAAUAUGGAGGGAAAUCUUACCAGCAGAUGCUGAACAAUGUGAGCAAAUCCGCUGGGAUCAACAUGGAAGUCGACAUGAUCACUGGAAGCACUUGGAGGAACGACACACAAGGUGCAUAUGCAACUGUUUUGAAAGACUUUCUGAGAGUCAGAGAUUCUCGGUUCACCUUGGUACGCUAUGAAGACAUAUGGUACCAAGAGCAAAGAAGGAUAGGCUCAGCUUUUGCAUCUAUUGGAACUUGGUAUGGAUUGAAUAACAGCCUGCUACUCAAGAUCUUCGUCCAAAGUGCAGUGAAGGUUGGUCAGGAAAGUGCAGCUUACCGCUCUGUUGCAAAAGGGGUGCUUUCUGCAGACGACAGAGGGAAGGAUCACUUCAGGAAGGGCACACCAGGAGAUUGGAAAAAUCAUUUGACAAAGCAAAACAAGGGCUACAUCCGUGAAAAGCUGGGGUCUCUGUUAGUGGACCUUGGUUAUGAGAAGACUAUGAGUUGGUAG